UUCUGUGCGUGCAGAGGUCAACGCGUGCCACACACGUCGCAAACGCAGCGUGCGCUAACGAAAAAGACGUAAAGCCCGAGUCACGUGAACAUAGGGUCGAGGCGGGGCGAGGCAAGGCGUGGCGAGGCGAAUGCUUAAAGAGCCAGCAGCAAGGCAUAAAUAUUAUCAGCAGCAGCGACUUGACACGACAAGGCGCCUCACAUAGACCAAAAAAGGAAAAUCAUAAAAAACGACAUAAAAAACAAUAAAAAAAAAGGCAGGCAGAUAGCGAGUAAGAGUGAGAGUGAGAGAGAGAGAGAAGGAGAAGCGACGCUGGGCAACCGGAGCAUUUAGCAGCAGGCAAACUGGCAGCCAACUGCUGCGCAUCCUGCGCCUCCUUUCGUGGCAGGCGCGCAUUUCCGUUUGUUAUCGCGGCAAUGUAAAGGCGUUUCCGCUCCAUGCGCCCAAAGGACAACGUCACCAGCACCAACACCAACACCAACACCAGCAGCAGCAGCAGCAGCUAAAGACACUAUUAAACUAGUAGCUGCGCGCGGAUUACAUACGAAAUUGGAAAGGAUUCGAGAAUGAGCCACCCGCCAGAGACGCAGCCAGCGCCGACGUCGAUGUCGCUGUCGUUGGCGAUGCUGCUGCUACUACUCGGCCUCCUGCUGCAUGUUGUUGGGCCCAGCGAGGCGCUGCACCUGUCGAGCCUUUCCGUCCCGCCCAUUAUCGAUGUCUCACAAAAGGCCAAACUGUUUUGCAGCUAUGAGAUGGGCAAUCGGACCCUCAACUCGGUCAAAUGGUAUAAGGAUGGCCAUGAGUUUUUCAGAUACUCGCCGCUAACGCCGCCAACAACAAAUUGGUUUCCCGUCAAAGGUGUCACCAUUGCCGACGGCUCGUCGCAUUGCAAUCAAUUCAUCUGCAACGUGGAACUGGAGAAGCUGAAUAUCCAUUCGUCCGGACAGUACCGCUGCGAGGUGUCCGGCGAUGCGCCCGAGUUCGAGCUGAUCGAUAAAGCGGCCAAUAUGACCGUUGGCGUGCUGCCUAAAUUUGAUCCAUUGAUCUCGGGUGUUCGACGGACAUAUAAAUAUCGCGAUACGCUGGUGGCCAAUUGCAGCUCGGAGUGGUCGAGUCCGGCGGCGCGGCUUACAUGGUAUAUCAACAACAAAACUGCACCACAGAUGCAGCUGCAGCCGCAAAUCAAUGAAGUCAUCCACAACACCGAGGGCUUUCCGCUCUAUGCGAGCAAGCUGCAGCUGCGCCUGCAUAUCGAUGACCAGCGCUUCAUUGGCAAGAGCGAAAUGCUGGAGCUGCGCUGCGUGGCCGAUAUACUGGGCGUGGCCAGCCUGCGGCGUGAGAGCUGGCUGCGCACAACCAUAAUGGCGCUGAGGGACAGCGGCGUCAAUCAGCGGCGGGCUGAGAACGGCACCUGUGCCAGUGCCCGAGCAGCCACAUUUGCUGUCUGGCUGCUGUGCCUGACGUCCCUGCUGCGCUGGCACUGCACUCUGAGUUAGUGGCUGUAUCUGUGGGCCGCGUUUCUUUUAGCCUGAUUUUAUUAGCUGUAUUUGUUGUUUUGAUUACAUUAAACGAACGUAAUUUAAGUCCAGUCAAGGCGAUAAAUCGGAUGAGGGCGGCUUUUUUAAAGCGCCCCAACUACGCCAAGUCGAAAAGAAUGAAAAGUUAACAAGGCAACUGUUGAAUUUGUAUAUAUAUUGAAAUAUGUAUAUGCGUACAUAUAUAUAUAUUAACUAUAUGGUAAUUGCAWAGCUAAGCAAU